AAUUUGCUGUUGCAACCGCCUGUGGGCUGGAACUGGCGUGCGGCUGUACCGCCCUCCCCGCUCGCCGGCGGACUAUAAAGAGACCGCUCCGCCGGUUCGUGUCAGGGUUUGGAAAUGGCGAGCGAGCAGGCGGCGGGUCAACCCGCAACCCCCGGGAGCAGGUUUCACGAGUUGAUAAAGAGGGCAAGUGAGAUGAAGCCGGAGGAGCUGCUGCACCGCCACAACGGGCUGCUCUACCCCGCCGUGCUGUGUACCGAGCACAACCUGGAGCAGUUCCCGAAGUUUGAAGCUCGUCCUGAAGAUAUGUGCAUCGUUUCCUAUCCUAAAUGCGGAUUUAAUUGGGUAUAUCAGCUCUUUCGUGGUAUCGCCUCUGCUGUGCAGAAUAAAUCCGAAAAAGAGAACGAAAGUAGACCCCACGUCAUGAUACUGGAAUUUGCAAAUGCUGAUAAACACAAGCUGAUGAAAAAUUACGAAUCACCACGGAUUUAUGGAACACAUUUCCAUUAUGAAAAUUUACCAGCAUCUAUAAUUGAGAAGAAAACAAAGGUGCUGGUGGUGUUUCGCAAUCCCAAGGAUACCGCUGUUUCCUAUUAUCACUUCUGUCAGAAAAAUCCCUUAUUGCCUUCCCCUACGUCCUGGGAUGAGUUCUUCAAGAAGUUCAUGACUGGUGAAGUGGCCUGGGGAUCUUACUUUGAUUACGCACUCAUCUGGGAGAAGCACAUUGACGAUGAAAAUGUGAUGGUCGUCACAUAUGAAGAGCUGAAGGAGGACCUGCUAGGGGGAGUGCGGAAGAUAGCAGAGUUCCAUGGCUUCUCACUGAGUGAAGAACAGAUUCGUAACAUUGCUGACAAGGGCAGCUUCGAAGCCAUGAGGGACAACUCACAGAAAACCCACUUUACCCUUGGCAACGUCUUUUUCCGCAAGGGUGUGGUUGGUGACUGGAGAAGCCUUUUCACCGAAGAACAAAGUCGAGAGGUGGAUGCCAAGUUUGAAGGUUGUUUAGCAGGCACUAAGUUGGGAGCAAGACUGAAAUACGACCUGUACUGUAAGGCAUAAAGAAGGCAACAAAAACUAUGAUAAAUUAAGACUAAUAUUUUUAAAGAAUAGAUCAUUUAGAGGCUGUGUGCUCAGAAUCCUCUGGCUUGAAGCCCACAGCUUAAAAAAUGGAAAGAACGGUAUGAUCCACUGGGAAAAGGCAGCUUGAUAUUCUGGGUGCGGAGCCAAGCUGCCUAUGACUUUUCAAUUCCAUGUCUGUAAUGUUGAGCAUAGUUUCUCCUUGCCUCUAUUAACCCUCCCUACCCCCAACAUUUAAUGCUGUAGCAAUCAUUCAGACCUUUCUGUUCCUCCUUGUCAGAAACAAGUCAAAUUCAAAAUCUCCUGCAAUUCAUCACAAUGGGUGAAUGCUGCCUGAAGUGCGCUGUGAUAUCGCUGUAUCCCAGACACUCUGCAGCUGUGCCCUAGACAAGGACAACUGCAGGUCAUUGCAGUGAGAUUUGUUGUCAUCUACACCCAAAAAGGCAAGGCAGUUGUCACUAUCAUGGAUGUUAGGUGGAGAUUAUCUGGCCUCUCUUUUUGGGCCUUUUGUUGAAUAAGCAGGAGUAAAGAAGGAAAUCAGAAUCAGAAUCAAGUUUAUUAUCACUGUCAUACGUCAUGAAAUUUGUAGUUCUGGGGUAGCAAAAAAUAGUGUUCUUUAAAUUAUAUAAAAACUUUGCGCAGCUGAGAAUAGAUCAACAUAUCCUUAAAACCUUUUCUUUUAGCUCUGAAAGAAAAUCCAAAAAAAUUCAAACAUAAUGACAGUUCUAAGGUAAGAUAAAACUUCAUUUGUCCCCAAGGAAACUGUUGUUGCAAGGUUGCUCAGUCAGAAAAAUAUACUUUAAAAAGUAAGCAUCGAGAUACGAAAAAAUUACAAAAUGUGCAUGAGAAAGUAACAAUGCAAAAUAAGGAUAUGCGAUGAAAACAUAUACUCAUCUACUUAAGGAGGAGGAGUUGUAGAGUAUGAAUGUAAACAUCACCUUGCAAAUGAUAAGAGCAGAUUGAUAGAGUACUCAUUGAUCAAGUUAGUGGGCAAAUAUAUCAUAUGUACAUUUCCUAUUGAUACUGUGGCCAUUAGGGUAUAAUUUCCAAACAACAUUUUGCUGUAGCCACAAGAUACCAGAAUUUUACCCCCUCUCUUAACCUAGACAUUUUUGUUAACUUCAAUCAAUUUGAAUUCUUUAUAUUCUCUCUGGAAACUUUUAAAAUUAUAGAAAGACUAUAAAAAAUAAAAUGAAUUAUUUGGA